AUUUAAAAAAUAGUGCAUUUGUCGAAAACAAAUGGAUCGGAAUUGGCGCCCUCGCUUAAUUACUUUCGUCUCUAUCUAUCCAUUUUUUUCUCUCAUCUCGAUCCAAAAAUUCAAUUCCGCAACUAUAAAUUCCCCUUACAAAUACAAAGAAACCAGCUUCAAAAAUCUCAUAGAAUAGUAAAGUAGAUUUUCAAUCCCUAAAUCAAUGGCGUUGCGCAGACGAACCUUGCUCAAAGUCAUCGUUCUUGGAGACAGUGGGGUUGGAAAAACUUCACUGAUGAAUCAAUAUGUCCACAAGAAGUUUAGUCAGCAAUAUAAAGCUACAAUUGGUGCUGAUUUUGUCACUAAAGAACUGCAGAUUGAUGACAGACUCGUUACUCUACAAAUAUGGGACACUGCAGGGCAAGAGAGAUUUCAAAGUCUUGGUGUUGCAUUUUAUAGAGGGGCAGAUUGCUGUGUUCUAGUGUAUGAUGUUAAUGUCAUGAAGUCAUUUGAUACACUUGAGAACUGGCAUGAGGAGUUUCUCAAACAGGCAAACCCUUCUGAUCCAAAGACGUUUCCAUUUACAUUGCUUGGAAACAAAAUUGAUAUCGAUGGCGGAAAUAGUCGAGUGGUUUCUGAGAAGAAAGCAAAGGAUUGGUGUACUUCAAAAGGGAAUAUUCCUUACUUUGAGACAUCUGCAAAAGAGGACCUCAAUGUUGACGCUGCAUUCCUAUGUAUUGCCAAGGCUGCUUUAGCCAAAGAGAGCGACCAGGACAUAUAUUUUCAACCUAUUCCAGAGCCUGUUGCUCCAGUGAAUGAGCAGAGGGGAGGAUGUGCAUGCUGAUCUGAACUUGUGAAUGAUCUCAAGGUUUUCUCUCUGAAUUCGUUGGCACAAAUUCUUCAUAUUCUUUUUGGUCUCAUUGGAUCUAGCCCUGUCCCCUUUGUACACUCCAUAUGACAUGCUUGAGUAAAUCAUGUUAACCCUUGAUGUUGCCAUUGAAGUUUCUUUACUUGUGGUGAUUCAGCUUUAGAAUGUUGCAUUUAAAUUGGUUUUAUUAGGCGACUAUUUUAAUUCAUAAAUUUACAUUAGAAUAUUGUUUUGGUGAACUUAGCUUGAAUGAUUGACUAGUAUUUAUCAACAAAUUUUCCUUUUUCUUCGAUCAAUAAAUUUACCGAGAAAUAUUCUUUAAUAA